CGGGCAGGUUUGCUGAUGGCGAGGAGUCGGUUCUCCCGCUCCCGCUGCCGCAGCUGGAGUAGCCCCUGAACAUCCCUGUUUACGUUCUCGAGGGCUACAUAGAAUUGGAAACCCCAGAUUCAACCCAGGUCCUGCAAACAGUCAUCAAAAUUGCAGUUAAAGAUGGAGUAUUUUUUGAAGAACAGCAAGGAGAACAAGGUUACUGGAUCAUAGUGUAUAAAGGGGAGUAAAGGAUAAGAAGAUGAAAAGAAGAUCAUUUUGACAGCUGAAUAGAAGUUGGACUGAAGUGAGAAGAAACUUGAGGCAAGGAGAUCAAACCAACAGGAUUGCAGCAGUGAUAUUUCAGUUCAAUUCAACAGACAUUUAUUAACUGCCAACUAUUUGCAAAGCACUGUACUAGGUGCUGGGGAGACAAAGACAAACAAUGAAACUGUCCCUGUCCUCAAGGAACCUUCAUUCUACUGGGGGGAUACAACGUAUACACAAAUUUGAGAGAAAAAAUCUAGGUAUCUGAAAUUAGUGUUGAUACCAAAAUAUAUCUUCAACUCAGAAUGUUGGAAGAGGAUGUGGAAGUGGCCAUCAAGGUGGUAGUUGUUGGGAAUGGAGCUGUUGGGAAAUCAAGUAUGAUUCAGCGAUAUUGCAAAGGCAUUUUUACAAAAGACUACAAGAAAACAAUUGGAGUUGAUUUUUUGGAGAGACAAAUCCAAGUUAAUGAUGAAGAUGUCAGGCUAAUGUUAUGGGAUACAGCAGGUCAAGAAGAGUUUGAUGCAAUAACAAAGGCUUACUAUCGAGGAGCCCAAGCUUGUGUACUUGUGUUUUCUACUAUAGACAGGGAAUCUUUUGAAGCAAUUUCCAGUUGGAGAGAAAAAGUAGUAACUGAAGUUGGAGAUAUACCAACAGUACUUGUACAAAACAAGAUUGACCUCUUGGAUGAUUCUUGUAUAAAGAAUGAAGAAGCUGAGGCAUUGGCAAAAAAAUUAAAGUUAAGAUUCUACAGAGCUUCAGUGAAAGAGGACUUAAAUGUAACUGAAGUUUUUAAAUAUUUAGCAGAAAAAUAUCUUCAGAAACUCAAACAACAAAUAGCUGAAGAUCCAGAAUUAAUGCAUACAAGUAGUAAUAAAAUUGGUGUCUUUAAUACAGUUGGUGGAAGUCACCCUGGCCAGAAUUCUAGCACACUUAAUGGUGGAGAUGUCAUCAAUCUCAGACCUAACAAACAGAGAACCAAGAAAAACAGAAGCCCUUUUAGCAGCUGCAGUAUACCUUAAAGCCAUUUACAAGGGAGGGGGAAGAAAGGCAGAAAUUGAAUUAAGCUGUGCAAUUAAGCACCCAGCUGUAAUGGUAUGUUAAUGUGUUUUCUAGCAGACUUUGCACCUACAGGAUCUCUGAUGGAUGGUGAACUUAAAUAUUGCUGUGGCUGUGUUCUUUAAUGUGUACAGAGAGACCUCUGGUGGCAAAAUUGGAAUCAUUGCUACCCUCUGUACACUGAUUUUAAUUUAUAUAUCUCUCUAUAUAUCUAUAUCUAUACAGAUACACACACAAACACAAACACACAUACACAAACAUAAUUAGACGAUGCUUCUCCUGUUUUGAAGGAACAUUUUAAAAAACAUGAAAAACAGGUUUUGCUGAAUUUUAAAGAAUAUUAAAAACACAAACAACAGAUCUUCAUAUUAACUAUGGACCAAAUGAAACGGCAUUCUUUUAAUGGAAUUUAUCAGUCAGCCUUUAAGGAAAAGUAUAAUUCUGAGAGGUAAAUUGUAAAUCUUGCCUAGACAGCAUUAAUGUAUUGGCAACUUUACUUGUGCAAUAUCUGUAUAAUAUGUGAAUAUUAUCAGAGGUAUGCAUGUAGAUAUCUGGUACUAAAGUUAAGCCGAAUGUAAGUACAGUAUUUCACCAAGGACACUUAAGUUUCUGACCAACAUGCAUAAAAGGCUACUACUGCUACAUACAUAUACAUACCCACUUAUUUAAACUGUGCAUUUCAAAUGAGAAAUUCCAAGCCUAUACUUUGCAAGAUGAAAUUGCUUCUUCCUGUACCCAGGUACAGGUUUAAAAGUUUAAAAAAUUCAUUGUGCCAAAAAAAAAAAGAUAUAUAUAUUUUCUUGAUGGGAAAGCUUCAACUGUCUUACUUUUUCUUGAUUGAUGUCUUCUAAAAACAAUUUUCCAGGUUAAAAAGCUCAAUAAAAAGAGGAACAUAUAUUUACUUCACUAAUACUAAGCUUAUUUCAGGCUAAUAGUGUAGCUUUUAAAAACAUGUAAUAACUAAAUUUUUUACAUGGUCAUCUUUAAAAAUGAUACACUUAUAUCAUCAAAUGUUGGGAGUGUUAAGAUUCUUGCAUAGCUGCAGUUAUCCAUAAGAUUCUGUGAAGUGAUAGGCUAUAUGUAACAUAUUUAAUUGCUGAGCACCAUGUUGAAAACUUAAAAUUUAUGAGUAUAAUUUAAUAAGCAGCAGCUUAAAAAAUUUUAAUUCCACAAAAGUUGUCCUUUUUUUUUUUUAACAGAUUAUUUUUUAAUGGCCAGCAUAUCAGAAACAUCUCUUUAUUUAUAUAAUUUGUAAGAUGUUUUAAGCUUAUCCCUUAAGAAUUUCUAUAAUCUCAAAUUUAUAGAAUACCUUUCUUCUGGAAAAUUCCAUUGGGAGAAAAUGCAAAAAUAAUUUUUUAAAGAAAUAUUUUAAUACUGUAAACAGUAAGUGCCAGAGUAUAAAAAUUGUGAGUAGAGACUAUUUACUUAGGCAAUGUAUAUAUCCUAUUAAUAUUUGUCAUUAUAAGUUAAUGAUAAAUAUUAGGAGGUUUGUUUACUCUCUGUAUACCAUUUUAACAUAGUUGAAUGUUAUAGGAUUUUACAAUGGUACUGGGAAAGAAGGUUUCUUGAAAAAUGUCAUGAAAUCAUUUUACAUUUACUUGUACUUAGUAUUUUUUUUUUUUUAAAGAGAACUUAUUAUCCCCAGGUUUUCAUAUGGUAUGUUGGAUAUUUUAAAGUAACAUGGUAUGUUAGAGGACUAGCUUAGACAUCUGGAAAGACUCAGUUCAAGUCUUAGCUCUCCCACAAGUUGACCCUGUGACCUUCAGCAAAUCAUCUAACCUCUCAGUUACUCCAGGCAGUUCUCUAAGACCAUAGAUUUCAAAACAGUGACAGAUCUGCUUUGAUAGAAGGUCUUUGCUAGCUGGGAGUUCCCUAAACUGGAAGUGUCAGACUUUGUAACAGUCUACAGUGGACUUAUUUUCCCCUUAUUUCUCCCCCUCCCCCAUCAGAUCAAAAUGUAACUGGGAUAUUUAACAAAUAAAAAUCAAUAAAACAGACUGUUAAUUUGUGGUUUUCUAAGUCAAUAUACAGCCAGCAGAAAUUCUUUUUUAUUAAAGCUAGUGAAAUCCUAGAAUGACAGUUUGGAGUUUUCAAGGGUUAUAGCAAGAGGAUAUUGCUCUACAAACACUAAAAUAAUCUGGAGUUACAUCUAUUAACAUAGUAAUAUAAAAUACUUAAUUCUCGUGCUGGCAGUUGUCAUAGAUCAUUGCUGGCAUUGGGACUUACAAUGAAGAAAACCUAAGUCCCCAAUAUUAAACAUUUCAUAAUUGUUACACUUUUAUUUUUCCUUGUAUAAUUUCUUAGAUCAGUCUUUUUUGUGGGAAAAUCUCAUAUAUACACAUAUACAUACACACACAUAUACAUACACAUAUACAUAUAUAUGCAUAUGUAUAUACAUACACAUUCCAUUUAUAUGAAAGCAUUGAAUUUGUUUCAGAUAACAAAUACAGAUGUUAUUUUUUACUCUGCUAUAUAUUAAAUGCACAAACUGAUAAGAGUAGUCUUUUUGUAAUAGGAUUUUAUGCAUUUAAUUUUUUUCUUUUUACAAAAAUAACAUUCAUUUGUACUACUGUUCUUUUGCCUAACUAUAUCAAUCAUUACUUCACAAUAUAAUCUUGGCUUCAAUUUUCUAGUAGAAUAAAAUUGCUUAAAUCAGAUUAUGAAGAUAUUUCCCAAUUUAAUUGACUUUAAAAAUUUUUAACAUAUAUUUUAUUUCUUUUAGUUUACUUUGGUAUAAAACCUCAAAUUAAAGUACAGUUAAUAAAUGAAAUAGCCCUUUUCAGAUUCCAGGUUAUUGUACAUUUGUGCUGCUAAUCUAAUUUUAAAAUUAAUAAUUCUUAGCAUGCUGACAUGCUGAGGAAAAAUUGCCAUAUUUGAGAGUUCCUCAGGUACUCAUUUUCCUUGUCAGGAAUAGUCUGCCUACUGGUUAAAUAGCAUAUAGAGUAGCCUGUCUGGGACAGUAUCAUUUAGGUGAAAUCUCAUCAGGCUACUUUUUAUCUGCUCCAGAUUUAUAGCAUACUUGUGUUUUGGGAAAACUAAAAUACAAAGUAACACUAACAAAAAGAGAAUGAUAUUCCAUACUUAUGGGAUGGAAAAUAUUUGGUUGUCUUUUAGAAGCUGGGCAAUUUAGUGCUCAAAGAGAAAUUUCUCUCAUUAAUGUAUUCCACUGUGCCUAUGAAUUUUAGGAAUUAUGAUCAUUUUAGAUCUCAAAAUGUUUUAGAUCUGAAAAAAUUGGCCUUAGGAGUUAAUUCUCCCACUUAAAAGUAUUGUAUUACUUUAAGUGAACGGAUAACAAUAGUACUAUUGAUUGUUGACCUCACAGUUUCUGAAUUUCUAAAGUAGUUAUUGUUUACUUGCUGAAAAUGCUGCCAUUGAUAUAUUAGGCUAUCCAUUUUCUCCAAAAAUAAAAUUAACUAGCUGAAUAAAAAUUCAAAAUAUUGUGAAAUGCUGAAUAAUGAUCUGAUGAAAAUGUAGAUAAAAUACUAUUAAUUGUUGAUUGAACUGAAUACCAUUUGCACUGGAAGAACAUGAUGUCAACAUUUAGAUUUUUAUUUUCAAAACAUUUAAGCCUAUCAUACAUUUAAGUAAUUUCCAUUAACAAAAUUUUUACAUAUCAUUAGGCUCCAGUCAUCACUACUGAAAUAAUUUGGUCAUCCCUUUCUAUCUUGAGAGAUGUGUAAUGGGAUGUUGAUUAAUAGAAACUAAAAUCUAGUAAGUCAGGACUAAAAGAAAAAUUAAACCCCUUUAAUAAUUUAGUUAUUUGAACAUGAUCUUGUUUAUUUGAAUAGGAAAAAAUCAUUGUAUGUAACUGUUGGAUUACAAAUUAAAGCCUCAAAAUUAAUUUGAAAUGUAUCAUGUGAAAUAAUUUCAUGACAAAAUAUGAAAAAGUAAAAAAUAAAGUAAUUUUAAAAC